AUGCCCGCCCGGUUCAUCCUGCUCUCUAGCAAGAAUCGCCAGCAACAUGUGUUUAUUAUUCGAUUGAUGCAUGCCCAAUGGGAUGCACUGUCUAUCCCAGACAUCCCAGCCUUCCUCUACAAACGCGCGGAGGAGUCACGAGAGUCUGCCUUGCGAUUCUGGCGCGAAAUGCUCACAGAUUCAACUUUAACUCCCGUCCAGACCCUGCCUGGCGAUGUUGAAGACCCUGUUCGGACCCUGUGGAAGAACCAGGACAUCUCCCCGCCGCCGGAAACACCAGGGUGA